AUGUCUGAAGACACCGAAGUGAUUGCAAGCAAUGUCAAUACUGAUGCAAUAGAAAAAGUUCAACCACGAGAGACUCCUGUUACUGUAGACUUAGAGGAUUCACAAAGUAUUAAAUCAGAAAUAGAUUCUGAGGAUGAAAUUAGUUUACAAAAAUUCAUGACAUCUGAAUUGACUGUAGACGAGGAUAAGGUGAUAGAAUUAAAUGUUAAAAAAAAGUCUUAUCCUUGUGAAAUCUGUGGCAAAGACUUCCCCAAACCUUUCAUGUUAUCAAGACACACAACAGUCCACACCGGUAUCAGAGCUUACAAAUGUAAUUAUUGUGGCAAAGCCUUCAAACAACCUGGUAACUUAUCAACACAUUACAGAAUCCACACCAGAGAAAAAGCCCACAAAUGCAAAAUAUGCAACAAAGCCUUCGACAGAUCACUAUCCUUAACCAAACACAUGAGCACUCAUGCUGCAGAACGACCUUUCAAAUGUGAAUUAUGCCAAAAGACAUUCUCGGUAAUGUAUUACCUAAAUAGACAUAAAUUAACUCAUAGCGGUGAAAGACGUUUUAAAUGUGAAACUUGUAAUAAAUUUUUCACACAAAAAAUUAGUUUAAAGGAGCACUUAAUCACGCAUAGCGAAAAACGUCCUUAUAAAUGUGAAUUAUGUGGUAAGACUUUCCAACGGUCUCGUGUUUUGAAAGAUCAUAUGUUUACACACACUCGGACUAGUCCUCAUAAAUGUGAAAUAUGUUUUAAAGUUUUUGCUACGGUUUCUAAUUUAAAGAAUCAUAGGAAAACACAUGAAGCCGAGAAAAAUAAUGUGAGUGAUAGUAAUUGCCAUGAAAAAUAA